GAACGGACUGUCCGCAGUCGGGGCUAGGGAACCGGUUACACUCACCAAACUCCCGACUCUUUGUGUAGCAGUAAUGCGGAUUUAAAGUUCCUCUAGGUGUUUACUUUAUUUGUAGGCGAGGACUUCUUUUCGGCUGACGUGUUACAUUAACCAAUCACAGUCGACACCGAUGUACUCAGCUCGAACCGGCGUACUCGAGGAGGGAGGAGAAAGGGGCGAGGGUGGCUUUUGCGUUUGUUGGUGACUGCAGAGUAGUAUCAACAGUCUGCGGCUGAUGGUCGUGGACACAUUUUUCGCAGGCUGGUUUCGGUUAAAUGGCUUAAAACAAUCCCAGCUAUUUAUACCUCUGGAGAGUGUGGUCCUUCGUCGACGGUUGGCUGAGUUUGAAAACACUGAAUAAAAAUGCAUUUUCUGUGCAUUUUUGUGCUGAUGUUAUCCAGUCUGACACGGGCAUUUCCUGCACCUGUAGACACCGUUGUCAUUCAGAUCCAGCAGUGGGGACUGGUGGGAGCUCAACAGGUCAUGGAGCAGGUUCUUCUAAAUGGAGUCUCCUACACCAGCACAAACCAAGAAGUCAGCAGCCUGAUCCAGACCAUGUCAUCUGAUAGGCUACUUCCUACCCUAAUCAGCGCCAACCAAAUUCCAGAGCUGAGGAACCACACCUUUCUCCGUUCUCGAGAAUGCAUACUGGAGGGGUCUGAGCUCCACUGGACCGACCGUGUGUUUUGCGAUGGUGAGGUCUGUCUCACUCUGGACCACAAUGUUGACACUUGGACAACCCAUACGCCAAAAGCACUGGCCCUCAAAGUGCUGUGGGACCAGGAAGUGCAGCGGACAAGGGCAGAAAAGAUCCGCCUGCAGGAGGGAUGCAUCAAGCUGAUGAAAGAACUGAGGCUUUCAGAGGAACGUUCAGUUUCUCGGAUUCCCUGGCCUCAGUUUCUCAUCCCAACUUUGUCAAUCAUAGUAUUUAUGGGCCCAGUUCUAAUCACCUUCCUCAUUUCCAAAAAGCAAGGCUUUGGGCAAACUGGAGGUGUUAUUGGGUCAAUUAUACAUUACCCCACAGACAUGAGUCAAAUGGCUUCAGAGAAAAAAAGCUCCGACUACUCUACCAUAUCAUUAAAAGCACCACAAUAUCAGCCACUUGUGUGAGCUACUGCUGGACGGAUGGAGUUAUUCUGUGAAUGUAACCAAAGCUCUGCUAAACAAACAGCCCACUGUAAUGAACGAAUGCACUUUAACAUGCAUGUAUCACACCUCACUCUGUAGCUUUUGUCAUUCACAUAUACUAAAUGUAAAUAUAUUUUAUUGUCAACACAAAUGUACAAAUUUCUUUUUGCACAAGUGAUCUUUAAUACCUCUAAGGGCUGGCAUCAUAAUUGCUGAACUACAUUGUUCAGGUUAAUUCUUUAUAUGGAAAUAUACAGCAAAGGGGUUUUUCUUUAAAAAAAAAAACUACCCAACACUGAAAGGAGUUCUUCCAGUUAUCCAAAAAGUUUUACUAUCAUUUUUAGUGUCCUUCCUCAUAAUUAAAUAUUUCUUUGUGCUUCAAUCUGUUUCCAUCUUAUUUGUUAAUGUAAAAAUGUAUAAAAAUAAUAAUAAUUAAAGAUAAUUUUAUGUUAGUUUGUAUGCUUUGUAUACUUACUGUAAUGUUAAGUACUUAAUGCAAAGACUCACUGCUACCAAGAUAUGUUAUUUAGUUUUGUACACCGCCUUAUUAAGAGUGGGAACUUUGUGUGUAUUAUGAUUAUGAUGCAUUCAUGUUGUGUUCAUGUUCAACCCAUUGAAAAUAAACACAGUUUUUUUUUAUUA